UUUCAGACAGACCGGCCGGACCGUCUGUUCACUCUGCACACCAGACAGUCAGAAACCUGGAUUUGGAAGAGUUUUUUUUUUCUUUAGGCUUUAAUUAAUAUGAAGUAAAGUUUGCACUUAUUCUGUAAGGCAUUGCAUUGUUGCAUUUUUGCAUUGCUUUUAGUGCAAGAAGAAACGCUUUGGAGACAAGAAGCACAUAUGGACACUAAUGGAGACUGCUGUCAAUAAGAAUAUGAUCUCAGUCUAAACAUUUUUUGCUGUAGUUUUCUUGUUGUUUUCUUCCACCGGUUGCCUACCUCCUUGAUUAGAUCAGACAAUGCGAGUGAUUGUGUUAUCUGUCGUUAUUUUGCUCUGCGUCAGGACCCUGGUGUGCGCCGAGCCCAAGUCCAAAGCCUGCCCUGCACGCUGUGAUGUGAGCGCGUGCCCGAGCCCGAGCUGCCCGAGCGGUUACGUGCCGGACCGCUGCGGCUGCUGUCUCGUGUGCGCGCGCGCCGAGGGGGAAUCGUGUGGCCGCGCGCACGACCUGCCCUGUGGCGACGGGCUCGAGUGCAAGCAUCCGGCGGGGAAACGGCUCUCUAAAGGCGUGUGUCAGUGCCGCUACGGAGCCAAGGUGUGCGCCAGCGACGGCAACACGUACGCCAACGUGUGCCAGCUGAAAGCCGCGAGCCGCAAAGCACUGCAGCAAGGCCUGCCGGGAUUGAGCUCUGUGCACAAGGGCCCGUGCGAGAGUGGCCGAGGUCCCACACACCCCAACAGCCCGAGGUAUAAAUUCAACUUCAUUGCUGAUGUGGUGGAAAAGAUUGCCCCAGCUGUGGUCCAUGUGGAACUCUUUUUAAGCCACCCACUGUUUGGCCGGACUGUACCACUGUCGAGCGGCUCAGGCUUUGUGAUUUCAGAGACUGGGCUGAUUGUAACAAAUGCUCAUGUCGUGUCCACCACCACGUCUGUGUCAGGACAUCAGCAACUUAAAGUGCAGACGCAUGAUGGAGACAUAUACGACGCUACAAUUAAAGACAUUGAUAAAAAGUCUGACAUCGCCACCAUCAAAAUCAACCCAGAGAAAAAACUGUCGGUCUUGUUGCUGGGUCACUCAGCAGACUUGCGGCCUGGGGAGUUUGUGGUUGCUAUUGGGAGUCCAUUUGCUUUGCAGAACACAGUGACCACAGGAAUCGUCAGCACGGCUCAAAGAGAUGGCAAAGAGCUGGGUAUCCGGGACUCAGACAUGGAUUACAUCCAGACUGAUGCAAUCAUAAAUUAUGGGAAUUCAGGUGGCCCCCUUGUCAACCUGGACGGAGAGGUGAUUGGAAUCAACACCCUAAAAGUAGCAGCAGGGAUCUCCUUCGCCAUUCCUUCAGACAGAAUAACCCUUUUCCUCAAUGACUCCAUGGGGAAACAAAGCAAAGAAGUCAGAUCAGUGAAGAAGCGUUUCAUUGGAAUUCGCAUGCUUACUAUUACUGAAGCUCUUGUAGAGGAGCUGAAGCAGCAGAACCCAGACUUCCCUGACGUUAUCAGUGGAAUCUAUGUCCAUGAAGUGGUUCCUCACUCUCCUGCUCAAAAAGGGGGUAUAAAGGAUGGCGACAUCAUUGUAAAGCUGAACGGCCGGCCAUUAGCCAGCACCAGUGAGCUGAAGGAGGCACUGAUGGAAGACACGGCUCUGCUGCUGGAAGUCCGCCGAGGCAACGAUGAUCUGCUGUUCAACAUCGAGCCUGAUGUUAUCAUGCAGUGACAAAUUUAUGCACCUUACCGUUUGCUCUGGUAAUGCAGGGACAAACAGGGGAACAUGGCUGGCACGCCAGCUGCCACAGACAGUAAAAACCAAAGCCUUUAACACCAGGAACCCCAAAAACACAACUGAGUAGGAUUUUCCCUACUGUGUUUUGUCGCCAAAAUACUGUACAUAUAUAUGGAUGGAGAUGAAAUGUCUUGUAUUAUUUAGUUUAUGGUGAAUAAGGAAAUGUAUAGUACUGUACUGUUUUUUAAAGACAAUGCUGGUGAUAUUUAAAAGCAGCUAGGUUUGUGACUGAGACCAUUCCACAGGCCAGGGUGAAGCAGAGUGAGCACAUGUAGAUGGUCAUCAUCAUGGUGUAGAUGUGUGUAAGACAUCACGAUAAAAAAAAAAAAAAAAAAACUGGGAAAAAAGUCAAAUAUGCUAUGCAUUAGCACAUUGUUGUAUAAAAUGUGACCAACACAUCCUAUUGCUGUUCACUUUAUAACUGUCUUUUGAUGCUUGAUAUCUACUUUUGUAACAAAUGUAAGCAAAUUUCGCCUUUGUUUGAGUCAAAAUGUUUACAAUUGUGUCUGCUGGUUCAUACCAAUAAAGGCAGAAUUUCUGAUCA